CUUCUUUUGUGACCUAACUCAUGCACAUAAUUAGUUGGUAGAAGUUGGUUUGGCCAAUUUAUAUUUAUUAGUUUCCUAAGUUACCUAUUUUUUUCUUUUAUUUAAAUGCUUUCUCUUCUUAUCUUUACCUCACACCAAAAAAAUAGAAAUUCCUUAGCUUCAAUUUCUCUCAAAAAAUAAAAUUAUAAUGGGUUACUUGGUGUUAAUACUCCUUUUCCCUUGUAUGUUUCUCCUCUUCCACUUUCUGAAAUGGGUUGUUGUAAAAAGAUACCAAGAUUGUUACAUACUUAGCUAUGAAUGCUACAAACCUAGUGAUGAUCGGAAAGUAAGCACACAAUUCUCCGGCGAGAUCAUUACUCGUAACAAAAACUUGGGCCUUGAUGAGUACAAGUUCCUCCUCAAGGCGGCCGUUAGCUCCGGCAUUGGGGAGCAAACGUACGCCCCAAGGAACAUACUUAUGGGCCACGAAGAAAGCCCGACUCUUAAUGAUAGCCUCGAUGAGAUGGACGAGUUUUUUCACGAUAGUGUUGAAAAACUCCUCUCUAAAUCCGGAAUUUCCCCGCAAGAAAUCGACAUUUUAGUCGUUAAUGUGUCAAUGUUUGCGUCCGUACCAUCCUUGGCGUCAAGGAUAGUAAACCAUUACAAAAUGAGGGAUGAUAUUAAGGUGUACAACCUUAGUGGAAUGGGGUGUAGUGCUAGCUUAAUUUCAAUAAGCAUUGUUCAAAAUGUUUUUAAACAUGAAAAAGAGUGUUAUGCUUUGGUUGUAACAUCCGAAUCUCUAAGCCCGAAUUGGUAUACGGGUAAUGACCGAUCCAUGAUCUUAUCCAAUUGUCUUUUUAGGUCGGGUGGGGGUGUUAUCCUCUUGACCAACAAGUGGGGGUUGAGGAAGAAGGCAAUGUUAAAACUCAAGUGUCUUGUACGGACACAUCAUGGGGCUAAAGACGAGUCGUACGGAUGUUGCACACAAAUGGAGGAUUCCUUAGGGAGGUUAGGGUUCCACCUUAGCAAAAGCCUUCCCAAGUCUGCAGCCCGUUGUUUGGUUGAUAAUCUCAAGGAGUUAGCCCCCAAAAUAUUACCAAUAAGGGAAGUGGCUCGAUUUGUGGUUGCGGUUAUGGUCCGGAGAUUUAUCACCGGACCUAACAAGCAAGCGGGUUUAGCUAAACCCGUAAUUAACUUUAAAACAGGGGUAGACCAUUUUUGCUUGCAUACCGGUGGAAAAGCCGUUAUAGAAGGAUUAGGAGAGAACCUAAAGUUAGGAGAGUACGAUCUUGAGCCAGCGAGAAUGACCCUUCAUCGGUUCGGGAACACGUCAGCGAGUAGCUUAUGGUACGUAUUGGGGUAUAUGGAGGCAAAGAAAAGGCUCAAGAAAGGUGAGAGAGUGUUGAUGGUUAGUUUUGGGGCAGGGUUUAAAUGUAAUAGUUGUUUGUGGGAAGUGGUUAGAGAUUUAGAUGGGUGUGACAAUGUUUGGAAGGAUUGUAUCCAAGAUUACCCUCCUAAGAGUUUGGCUAAUCCUUAUUUGGACAAAUUUGGUUGGAUCCAAAAUGAAGAUUCUACUACUUUUCCAGAGGAUUACCAGGAUAAAUUGAAUUAUUACCGUCAAAAGAUGAACUGAAUUAUAUUAAUUACACUUAGAUUAACGUAUAGUUAGCCCUAUAUAAGUUUUUUUUUUUUUUUUACUUUCAAAGGAAGUCAUCCUUUUUUUUGUCACUGUACGUAAGUUUUACUGUUUACUGUAAGUUAUAUCCAUUAUUCCA